AUGGAUCUCUAUGCCAGGGCUCAGGGCAACCGGAUGAAACCAAGAAUAUCUGUGAAAAAGAGUUUUGGUGAAGCUGUACUGCACUCUAUGAAGUCACUGCUGCACAGCAGAAAAGCAUUAUGCAAUAUAUCGUCAGAAGAAUGUCUAAAUCGGGAAGAACAAGAAAAUUUUAUUGAGAUUACAUUCAUAGGCUUUGCUGAAGAAAUGGGUACUGCUCCUUUGCAGGAAUUAGCAGCUGUUUCUGUAGAGCUUCCAGAUGUUCUGAAGUCGCUCCAGUUGUGCAAAUUAAAAGAAAAUGAGGUUAUAUUUCUAAAAGAUGUAAAGAAAACAUCAAAACCUUCUGUCAUGAAGCAUCAGAAUCAGCUUCCUGAAGUGUUCUGUAUGAUGAGACUGUGUCCUUCAUUCCCAAGGAUCAAAGUUGAUUAUAUAUUUACCUUGUUGAGCAAGUAUACCACAGGCAUAAGAUAUGCAGUGGAAAUAAACUCAUCGCAAAACCAGCAAACAGAGACAUCCCACGGAGAAGAUGAUGACACGAAUCAGUCAGUUUCUUCAAUUGAAGAUGAUUUUGUCACUGCUUUUGAACACUUAGAUGAAGAUGAGCCUUCAAAGACACAAAGUGCAGGUACAUGUAGCUUUACUUCUCAAAACCAUCGAGAUGCUGCUUCACAGACCAUCCCUGCUCAAUGUUUAGAAGCUGUUGACUCAAAGAUCCUUGUGGGUUCUGCACGUCGAAAGUCAUCUGCCAGAUCAUCUGCUUUGAUUGAUAUUUUGGGACUGAAGGAGCGGUCCUCAGUAAAAAAUUCAGUUACAACCUCAAUUUCUGAUCCUUGGAUACAAAGAAGUUUCUAUAAGCCAUAUAAUCCUUCAGAUCAAGGAGUUAAUUUUUUCUGUAAAACAUUGUUUUCUUCCUCUCCAGCUGAAUCCUCUGAGUCAGAUUGCUCCAGCCCAAGCCCCAUCAUCUUCUUAGAUGAAGAAGGGUAUCAAAAAAGCUUAAAGGCAAAACUCCAACUGCCAAAAAUUCCAGUACUGAAAGAUGGUAUAGAGGAUUCAGACUCAGAAGUAAGUGAGUUUUUUGAUAGUUUUGAUCAGUUUGAUGAGCUGGAACAAGCCUUGGAAAACUCUUGUAAAGUCAUUAGGGAUCCCAUCCUAGGGAAUCCCUCCCAGAAAAGGAGGACUGCCCAUCAGCAAUUGUCUUCUGCAAGCAUUUCAAUGAAUCCUCAGAAAUUCAAGUUUGAUCCUCCCACUCUCCCAGCCAAUGUAAAGAAACCAACUCCUCGUAAACCAGAAUCACCCUAUAGCAGCGUAUUUGAUGUCCCGGAUUCCCCUCGCCCAGUUAAAACAUCAGGAGAAGAGAAUGGAGGCUUGUUCAGCCCUAUUAGAUCGUCAGCUUUCAGUCCAUUAGGGAACUGUGGAUCUUCAGAAUGUUUAUGUCGAAUUAAUCUUGGUGGAGAUGGGACAGAUCAAUAUGACCAUGAUGAAGUUUAUAACAGUUAUUCAGCAUAUGCUGAUACUGUUUCAUGUGAAAUACUGGGUUCUGUUUUUCAUUCCGAGUCCUCAUCAGAACAAGUAUGUACAGGAAAUGAUUUGAAACACAAAGGGAUUGCUUUGAAAGAGAAAAAAGACCAAGCUGCUGAUCUCCAAAUGAAAACUAGUAAGGAGUCAGAUAAACAAACAAAAUCUAAGCAUAAGUCAUUAAUGAUUAGAGAUAGCAUUCAAAAAUUUGCAGCUGAAUUAGUUGAAAAAAGUUUUGGCAGUGCAUUUAAAGACCUGCAAAAAGGCGUUUCUUCAUGCACCAAUGCACUUUGUCAUUUGGCUGCUAGGUUGACUUCCUCAGUCUUUCAGAUGGCUUUUUAUGAGAUUGGAAGGCGUAGGGCAAUCUCCCUGAAGGAGCGUGCCAUUAAUGGUAUAGCAAACUUUUUGGUGAGCGAAGCUAUAACCGGUGCUUUGAAAGAACUGCGGCAUGUAAAGAAACAAAUAUUUACCAACACAGUUGCGCGGUUUGCAGCAGACCUUGCUGAAGAACUAGUUUUUGAAGGAAUCAUGGAAGUAUGCCAGUUUUCAUAUCCAUCGACACCUACAGCUGCGCAGCCUUCAUCAUUUGACUAUGAAGACAAAGUGGUAAGAUCCUAUGCCAAAGAUUUGUCUGAAUCUGUCAUUCAAGAGGCUUUUAUUGAAUUAUCUCAGGUUGAUGUGACCUUCACGACGCAAGCAGCCAUUAGUGUUUCCAUGGAUAAUAUUAAAUACGUGAGUGCAGAAAGUACGUUAGAAUCAACACGGACUUCCACAGUUUUGCCUAAUUUUAAUGAUCAGGUAACACUGAAGCCAAUUCAAGAUUCCAAGAAGGAAUAUACAGUACAACAAGCUCUGUUUUGUACCUCUGGUGUUGUGAGUUCAAUACCUGUGCCCUUAGCUGGAAGAGCUCUUUGUCAAAAUCAGGUUUCCUCUGAUGCUUAUAAAGCAAAAGUAUCCACUGGACUGAAUUCUGAUGACAGUAUGAAAAUAUGCAAAGACUCCACUCAUCCAUUUUUCACAAGCAGAAAGAGAGAAGAUGAAGUCACGUCUUUCAGAAAUAUUUACCUGACUUCAGAUUACAGCCAAAGUACUGAAAGUACUCCACCACUCAUAUAUAACCAAAAUGAUAUCAAACAAACAAGUAACAGAUCUGGAAUGAACAGUAAUGCAGAAUUAACAAGUGGUUCAAAAGGUAUUAAUGCUUUCUCUGGAACUAUGGUAGAUAUGAUAGUAAAUGAAGCUUAUGAAGCCAUAACCUCAAGUAGAGUAACAAAAGCAGUAGAAGAAUAUACAGAUUUUUUUACAAGAAAAAUAGAUAAAAAACCGUCUGUGCAAUGUGUUGGUGAAGAUCUCCCCAAGAAUAUGUUUGCAGAUCACUUGGCCAAGUAUGUAAUAAAACAGUCUGUGGGUGAAAAUAAAACCAUGUUAAGUAGCACUAGUGUGAAUUUAGCAUGUAAUGUGAGCUCACAGACUUAUGCAGAUAUCAGUACAAAAGAACGGUGUGUGAUAAAGAAGCAAGAGGCUGAGAAAAAAAGUAGUGUUUCUAUAAUUGUGGAACAGCAACAGAUGCCUUUAAAUAAUCCAUGUAAAUUUCUUGUUACUCCAGCAGAUUCUGUCCAGUGUUUUUCAGAAUCUAAAGACUCUUGGCAGGAACAGAAGGUACACAGGUUUUCUUCAAAAUCGCCACCAUCUUGUUCUGCUGUGUCUUUCGCUAGGCAUGUUCUAGAGAACUUUACUGAUGCAGGAAGCUGCUCAGUAGCGUGCUUAAACAAGCCCUCGAAACCCCAUGAUACUCAAAAAACAUCAUCAGGAUCUUUGACUUACAGGCAGGCUGAUUGCUUUCUGCAUGCAAAUAGCUUUUCUUCAGUGAUGCUUGGCAAUGAAGAUGCUUUGCAGAUGGACGAGAAAUCAAGUCUCAAAGAUGGAAAUACCAGUGUAAUUCCAGAUACACCCCCACCAACUCCUUUAGUACCGUGUCAAGAUAGUUCUGAAAGAAACCUAAGAAAACUGUCUAAGAAACUCAAGGGAGAAUUAGCAAAGGAAUUUGCACCUGCAACACCACCUUCUACACCGUACAAUCCAUCCGUUGCUGGUUUUUCUGAAACUGAACAUGACUCUUUGGAAAAUGAGGAAUUUAUGCUGAAACUCAUGCGGUCCCUUUCUGAAAAAGUGGAAAGCAGUGAAGAUGAAGAUCAUUCUGAAAUGCCUGUUGAGAAAGAAGAGUGUUCAGAAAAAACAAUUCAGUAUGCAGAUUGCUUAGCUAGCCAUAUAAUUUCAAUAGCCACUGAAAUGGCUGCAUCUCAUUUAGAUGGUAAAACAAAUGGAAGAGAAACUGGUAGGCAGGUUCAGUUAGGUGUGCAGAACAAAAGAUGUGGCUUUACUGCUUUUACAAAUCUCCCAGAAGAGACGUGCAGUUCUUUAUGGAAUUAUGCAGGUGAUAUGGCAGGAAAAGUUAUCAGUGAGGCCAAGGAAAUAGUGAAAUCAAGGCAUUGUAAACUCUGGAGGUUGAAGCGGGUUAACUGUCAGGUGGAUUGCCUUUAUCUGAGGAAAGGUGAUAAAGACUGUGGAGUAAGAGAACAGCACAGUCCAGUGCAGGACCAGUGGCUGGGGGAGAGAGAUUCAUCUGUACUUCCUUUACCACAAGGUUCAGGAAUGGCGGGUUUGACUUCCAAGUACCCAAGCUGUGAAAGUGUGACCGAUGAAUAUGCAGAUCAUAUUAUUCGAGUUUUGAAAAGAGAAGGUGGUAAUGUUGAACUGUUAAUGGAUCAGUAUGCCAGCAGGCUUGUUUACAGGUCUAUCAAAUCAGGCUUACAGCAAGCUGCUAGAAAAAACAAGUUGAGAUACAACAGAAAGACAUUUCCUGGGCCAAAUACACAGGUAAAUGGUAAGCUGGAGCUGAUCAAAGUGGUGAAUAAAGAUGCAGUACAUCAGGUGAAAAGCAGCUUUCAUCGUGAAGACCAAACUUGCGAAAGGGGUAUCGGCACUCAGAGAACAGAACGUACAGAGUUGUUACAGUUUUCAGAAUCCCUUGCUCGCAGUAUCACUUGGGAUGUCAGGAAGAAAUUGAAAAUAUCAGGAACAAGUUUGCCAAAGUCUCUAACAGAUUCCUGUCUGUAUAAAAGGACUGAAUUUGAUGAAGUCACAGGGGAUCUCAUUAAAACAAGAUUUUCUAGGACAUUUCUUCCUUUCUCCCCAGAUCAUAAACUGUAUCAUAGUACAGGCAGUUUAAAUGAAAACUGCUACAGUGAAGGCAUAAUUCAAGCUAUAGAACAAUAUGCUAGGAAAGUAGCAGAUGAUACUCUGGAAGUGGGUUUAGAGUCAGCUCUUCUUCAUGUGUCUGAAAACAGAAAGAACGGAGAUAGGCUCUCGUAUGCUGAGAGACUGUCUCCUUUUUCUGGAACCGUCUAUAGAUGUUGCAGUAUGAAGGAACAUCGGUACUGUACUGAAAGUAUACCUCAUCAUCUAGCCGUGCAGGAGUCCUCCAUUCCAGUGAGACAUUUUCUUCAUUCUGGAUUAGGUGAUGGUGCCUGUCAAAAAUCAAGACUGUUUCCACUUGAUAUUCCUAAAAUACAUGUUGAUGUAGAACAGAAGACAGUGUUUUCUGACAAGGGGGCUACUGCAGCCGUAGAGAAGGCAGAAGGAGAGCUGAGUUACACAAGUCUGACAGCUGACAGCGGUAUUGGACAAGAUGGAGUCAGUUUUGCUGAAAGCCUUACUACUGAAAUAAUGACAUCAGCUAUGACUAAUAUUGGUCAGGCAGUUAACAUAAGCUCUGCUGGAAGAGAAGGAUUUCAUUCUGUUGAAUCUGUUGUUAGCCAGCAGAUGAGUCUUAGUAUUGGUGAUGAUAGCACUGGGAGCUGGUCCAAUCUAAGUUUUGAAGAUGAACAUCCUGAUGAGAGCAGCAGUUUUCUUCAUCUCAGUGACAGUAAUGGUAACAGCAGUAGCUGGAGCAGUCUUGGUUUAGAAGGGGAUAUGUAUGAGGAGAAUUUAUCCUUUCCAACAUCAGACAGUGAUGGAACAGAAGAUAAAGAUGAAGACACCAAGGAUGCCAUAGAAGGUUUGGAGCAAAUACAGAAGACCUUAGCAAUAGCGAAUAUUGAUCUGGAACCAAAUCUAGUAGACCCCCAGCUCAGAGCAGCAAUUCAGUGGCUUGCAGCUUCUGAGACAGAGGUGUCCAAUCUUCACUUUCAUGACACUGCUACAAGGGAAUUCGCCUUUCUUUCCAGAAGACUGCGAGAAAGAGAUUGGAAAGUCGGAGAUCUCUUGCAAGCUGUGCUGAAAUAUUGUGAAAUGAUAGAGAAGGUGUCUGAUGGAGGGCAAGCUCCAAAUAAGUCGUUGGUUGGAUGGCUUCUGGAAAACAUCUGAAAAAUCCGGAGAUGUACCAGUCUUCACUUUAUUCCUCUUUUGAAAGGAGACAGGAAGAACACAGAUUUAAAGUAUAAUUCAGCUAAUAAAUGUUCAAGCAAUUGUCAGCAUUCACAAGACAUUGAGGUGAAAGUCAAAAUAGCUGUGCUGUGCUUUGUAAUACUGUGCACAUGGUAUGUUUAUUCAGUCCAUAAUCGGUAUUGUCUACCCAUGCAUAACUUGUAUUUACUGCUGUGUUCAGAACCUUGAAAUAUUUAGGAAAAAAAAUAUCCCUUGUCUAUGGUAAUAGUUCAGAGGAGCCAGUCUUUGAGACAUGCUAUUCAGGAUUCCUGAUGUGCCAGGAUAGCUCUUUUUUCCCACUUGUAUGUGUGCUAUAUUCACAGUGGGACUAGAAGUGCUGAUGUUCUGCAAGAGGCUAUUCUGGAAUCCCUUGCUGCAGACAGUGGAAAUACUCACCAACAUUGGCCAGGUGUUAUUUGACCAGGGACACCAUUGCCAGGAAGAAAAUUGUGACCUGCCCAAGUAGCCUCUUAAUACAGCCUGGCUUCGUAUAAAGUUUAAUUUUAUGUGAAGAUGUGUGAGUCUGCUCUGAAACUGUUGAGGUACAAAUACGUGUUCCCUUUUGUUGACUACUAUACAGCUUGUAACUUCUGGUAGAAGGGCAGAGUGGGUUGCUGAGUGUAGUUUCAUACGUAACUCUUCAGCAAGGUUCCUGAAGCUUGCCAGUCAAGUUUAAAUAGCUAAAUUUCUUACUGCAACUUUUUGUCUGCAGGUACAUUCAUGACAUUAAUUCUGUGUUGAAGAAUUUGUAUGUUGGCCUCUCACGUAGAUGUGUUAAAAGUAGCAGAACUGAGGAUUUUAGCUGUCAUUUUUGACUAGUCUAAUUCUUUAUUUCUUAGCCUCCAUAUAUGAAUUUUCUUUGCAGUAAUUAAGAGGGAAUUCUGUUACUCAGUGAACACUUAGGUGUUUAGCAAAGAAAGCUGAUUAAAACCUAAAGGGGAAAUUUCUUGCAAAUAGAUUUUUUUUUUUUCAUUUUUCUCAACUACCUUCACUGAUUUUUUUUAAAGGCACUUUUAAUCAAGUCUUUUUAGCGAUCUAAUCUGGUUUUCUCAGCAGUGCUGCUGACUUGCCUUUCUCUCUGAAGGGAAAUCUGGACCGUUACAUAUCCUGUGGUUUGCAAAUGAUUUUUGGGUUUUGUUUUGGUUUUGUUUUUUUUAAUACGUCCUUUGAGAGAACAAGGCAGGUGCUGGUAAUUGCAAGGUUUCCACCUCAAAACUCGUAUCACUUGAAAUAAAUUCAUGGAGUCUUAUUUUGGAUGAACAGAAGCAUCUUAAUAGCAUUUUUGUAGAAAAAUAUGAUGUUGAUGGUGCACAACCUUGUGAUCUGAAAUAAGGAGACAUAAGGUCUUUAAAUCUACUCAUGAGAUUUAAUGGCAUAUGUACAAUUCUGAUUUCCUGUCUGCCAGAUCACUACGAGGUGUCACAAUGGUAAACUCAGGAGCACAUUCCUUGCAAUGUCUUUGUGUUUCAGGAAGGCAUUCCACUGGUCUUUUUAUGGACACUUGCCUGGUUUUAGGCCUCAUUUGCCAUGUGGAUUUCUGCCUUGGAUCUCACAAAGUUCACCUUUCUCACAAAGUUGAAGAUUUUUAAUGGUUUUGUAUAUGCAUGUACACAUGUGCAUAUACACGAAUGUAUGUGUGUCUGUAUGUAUAUGAGAUAUCACCAAAAUGAACUUAUAAUGUCAAUUUUUAUCACUAGUUUAAAAUUCUGUUAUGUUCAUUGUUAAUUACCUCACUUCAUAUAUCAUUUCAUGGGUUGAAAGCUCUGAGUAUGCCAUCUGACAAAAAGACCAAAAACCAUUGCAAGGUCUUUUGUCUUGGUAAUAUAAUGCCAAGUGUCAGGAAUUGUUUUUCUCUUUAGCCCAAAGCGGACUGGGGGGGGAGGAAGUGUUUGGAAGAUGGGGCUCAUAACACAUAUUUUUGAAGAGUUGUACAAAAGUUGUUAGGAUCUACCCCCCUCUUCCUUCCUUGUUUUUUAAGAUUGACUUUCAGUGUUGUUUCAGUCAAAAGUCAGAAACCAGACUCUGGCUGUAAGUUCUAUUCUUUAACACAGAAAUACUGUACUUGUACAAAUUUACCAUAAAAUUUAAAUAUCAGGAAAAUAAAUAGUCAAAGCAGUGGAGUUU